CCGGGUCUUCUCCGAGUGUUGUACUCACCAACAGCUAACGGUAGCUAGCAAGCUGUCAAGCUGUCAAGUGGAGAGGCUGGGGCAGACGUUUCAGCUUCCCCCUGGCUUGGCUUCACAAAUCCAAACAAAAACGCUAAUAUAUCCUCGUGAUCGCCUGCUGAGAGAAUGUAACGCAUCAAGGUCGUACCCAUAGAGAAACCUCCGCUCUAGCGCCAUUUCUAUGCAUUGGGUCUUGUGUGACGAUUGCUCUUUGCUAGUCGGCUAACCAACCCGAAGCCUGAGCCCAGCCAGUGACCACUUUCGUCGCUGGAAGUGAGAUUUCCCAUCAUUUGCGACCGGUAGCUGCGAGUUUUGGUCACUGCCUCGGCAUCUGUUGCUGUCAACCACUAUUUUAGACAUUCGGUUUCAAGAGGGACACAAUGGGGGCGUUUCUGGACAAACCAAAGAUGGAAAAAUACAAUUCCCAUGGUGAGGGUAACAGCCUGCGCUUUGGGCUCAGUAGUAUGCAGGGCUGGCGAGUAGAGAUGGAAGACGCACACACGGCAGUAAUAGGCUUGCCUCAUGGUCUCGACCCCUGGUCGUUUUUUGCUGUAUAUGAUGGCCACGCCGGCUCUCAGGUAGCCAAGUACUGCUGCGAGCACCUGUUGGAACAUAUCACCAGCAACUCAGACUUCCAGAGUGCUCUGCAAGAGGAUGGCUCAGUGGAAAGCGUGAAGAACGGCAUCCGCACAGGUUUCUUGGAGAUCGAUGAUCACAUGCGAAGUAUCUCGGAGAAAAAGCACGGCGUAGACCGCAGCGGCUCCACCGCGGUGGCCGUGAUGAUAUCACCGAGCCACGUCUACUUUAUUAACUGUGGCGAUUCGCGGGGACUCCUGAGCCGUGGGGGCGCCGUGCACUUCUUCACGCAGGAUCACAAACCCAGCAACCCUCUGGAGAAGGAGAGGAUCCUGAACGCCGGUGGCUCGGUCAUGAUACAGCGAGUUAACGGCUCCCUGGCCGUGUCGCGGGCCCUCGGAGAUUUCGACUACAAGUGUGUGCAUGGGAAAGGCCCCACAGAGCAGCUAGUCUCUCCCGAGCCUGAAGUUUAUGCAAUCGAGAGAUGCGAAGGAGAUGAUGAAUUUAUUAUUCUCGCUUGUGAUGGCAUCUGGGAUGUCAUGGCCAAUGAAGAACUCUGCGACUUUGUCCGGUCAAGGCUAGAAGUCACGGAUGAUCUUGAAAGAGUCAGCAAUGAAAUUGUUGACACUUGCCUGUACAAGGGGAGUCGGGACAAUAUGAGUGCUGUUUUAAUCUGUUUUCCUGGAGCUCCAAAAGUUUCUCCAGAAGCAGUUAAACGAGAGGCUGAGUUGGACAAGUAUCUGGAGUCAAGAGUAGAAGACAUCCUCAAAAAGCAGGGAGAGGAAGGCAUACCAGACCUGGUCCAUGUUAUGAGGACGUUAGCGUCAGAGAGCAUCCCCAACCUCCCUCCCGGAGGAGAGCUUGCAAGCAAACGAAGUGUUAUUGAAGCGGUAUACAACAAACUCAACCCCUACCGAAGCGAUGACACAGACUCUGCGUCCACAGAUGACAUGUGGUAACACAGCGUGGCACCACUAACACAACACAGCAUAGCGUUUACAAACCACCAUCCUCUCAAGACCCACAGCAGCUCAGCUCAGCCCAGCUCAGCAGUCUCUCCUGCCGUCACUCUGAGCUUUUGGUUUCUAAGAAGGGAAUUUCAUGGGAGGAAGAGGAAGAGGAAGAGGAAUUGCAUGCACACAAACGUGGAGAUAGUGCAGCGCCAGUCCACUCUGGAGUUCAGGAUCCCCCACCCAGCAUCUUUGCCCCCCCCCCCCCCCAACCCCCUUUUGUGUUCACCCAUCCUAAUCUUCCCUCUAAAAUCAAACAUAACAAAUGAGUCCACACAGCUUUUUUUUUUUUCCGAUUCAAUAAUCAGCUUAUGUAGUAGGGUUUUUUUUUUCUGUUGUCGUUGCUGUAAUUAAUUUGAUUCACAUUUCCUUGUGUGCGUUUGUAUAUUUCUGUUUUUGUGAAGUGCAAUUGUCCUGUACAAACAGCCUGUAUUUAAUGCAGCUUGAUUAAGUUUAAAAAAAAAAAAAAAAUUUAAUGAAAUGAAAAAGAGAACCUUUUUAUGCACUAUCUGCCUUUUCCUGCUCUUCUGGAAUUUUAACCCAUUUCUACAUAGUGUUGAUUACUGCUUGUCCUCCAGACACGAUGCCUCCACGCUUUUAAUUUUCCUCGCUCCUCAGUUAGUCUAUGCUCCUUUAAGAAACGGGUAAAUUGUAUAGUUGACAGCACAGUAAGCUCUAUAUCAAAACCAUUUACACCCUAAGUAUCCCCACCCUGUGUGCUUUUGAGAAAGAAAGGAGAAAAAAAAAACCUUGUAUUUUAUUUUUGUAUGUGUUUUUCUGUACAGGCUCCAAUAAUAACAGCAAUGUGUCAUUUUAAAACAAAAGCCACCUUGUCUGACUCGAUAUUUGCAACCGGGUGCUUGUGUGUGUACCUGCAAACGUAUCCUUGUAAUUGCCACCCGCUUCACACACACAGAGACACACACACACACCGGGCUGCUUUUUUUUUGGGGGGGUGGGGACUUACCAAGCUACAGUCUGCCCUUUCCAUAUCACAUUCAUAUUCACAGAGUGUGCAUGCUCUUGUUGAACAAUUGACAUUUAUAUAGCCAAGUUUUAUUGCAGUCCCAAGGACAAAGUGGGUCUGUUUUGUAGUUGUCUUUCAUAAGUCUUACAGUGGUUUGAUUUUAGUUUUUUUUCCCCCCACAUUUCUCACCAUGUUUUUUUCAGCCUUGUGUGUGUGUGCGCGUGUGCGCGCAAUCCUGCGUGCAAGCUAUUCUUUCUAUAUUUUGUGUGGCACAACCUUUGACAUUGCAACCUUUUAAAUUGUGGACGUUUUUCCUUGUGUGGAAAAUUUGACUGGUCCACACAAUUUGGGGGGGGGGGGUCUUGGACGAACUCAGCCGUGUUUUGUCCCUCUAACAAUGAUAUGGUAUUUUAAAGAUAUUCUAAUUGGACUGACACUUGAGCACUUACUAUUUUACCAUGUGACCACAUAGGAUCAACUGUUGACUAAAUACUUUAAAAGCUGUCUUUUUUUUUUUUUUCUUCUUCUUAUUUGUGGGGGAGGAGGGCAUUCAUACCAAGAACAAAUCCGCGGAUUGUAAAGUGUCGUCCUGGUUGUGUACAGCACCAUUUUUUGUUUCCUUGGGGGUUUUGCUGUGUGCCCAAACCGACACGAGCCAGACAGGCUGCACAGUCCAGUUUGCUGCUAGCACCAAUGAUUUGUGUGUGUGUGUGUGUGUGUGUGUGUUCACUUCAUGUAAACCCCCCAAAACCUCCUCCCCAACCCUCCCUUCUUCGUCAUUGACGAUAUCUGUUUCUACUCACAAGGCAGAUACAUUUCUUCAAGAGGAAAGGUUUUUCUUUCUCCAUUUUCUGCUAUUAUAUGGUCUAAAAUUGCAUUGUGGAAAUUAAUGUAUGUAUAUAUUUUUGACUUUUAACAUCCAAGUAAUAAAUAAGUUGUUUGAGUUAGAUUUUCUUUUUUUUUCACCAUGGACAAAAUGGAAUUCUGUUUUGACUUGGGCGUCCUUUAGGUUUGUUUGUAAAGCUACUAUUGACAUCUUUGCUUUCGUAAGUUCAGUUUUCUCUCAGUUACAAUAUAAUAAUAGUAAGAUCCUUAAAAAAAAAAAAGAAUCUAUAUUUUUUUUAAAUGACAAUCCUAACUUUAGCUUGCUUGCCGACUCGGCUCCUUCCUGAGGCACUUUCUAACCUGCUGUGGUGGCUAAAUGUCCAAAAUGCCCCUGACGUGUUAAAGUUGAUUGAAAUCUCACCUUACUUUUUUUUAACCACUGGUGGUGCUGUAGAGUCUAUAUUGAAGCAGCUACGUAGCUUAGCAUUGUGUGCAUAAAUGUAAACUAACACACAGGGUACAAUUUAAAGGUGCCACAACAAAAACUAAUGCAAGCUAGUGUGGUUGUUAAAAAGUAUCAUGAACUAUGUCCUGUGAUUGGCCUUCAAGAUAAAAGAUGAUGAUGAUGAUGACAAUUGUUGCAUGUAAGCAACAUGGUUGAAAGGUUGUGAAUAAUCCUGAUUAAGUGGUGGCUCAGUAAAGUAUGAAUGUCCUAUACUGUGUCUCCAUGUGUGCGGGCGUGUGGGCAAAUAACGCACAGUUUAAAAAAAAUAAAAAAUAAAUAAGAGAAAAAGAAUAAAACAGACUUACAAUCUUGACUUUGGGUGUUUGAAUACAGCAUUUUAAUAUUUACACAAGAAAUGAAACUGCUGGUCGAUAUUUAACUGAGAAAGGGUCACAAGACGUUUGUGUUGUUACUAUUGUUUUUUUCCUCUUGCUCUCUCUCUUUUUUUUUUUUUUUUUUUUUUUUAUAAACACCCAAAAAAAUGCACUUGAUAGUGCUGUUCUGCUCCAGCAAUGAGAAGCAUUUCAGCUUUGCUGAUUGUAAUGAAUGAAUCACAGUGACAGUGUUCAGUAUCGCUCAUGUUGGAAUUUAAAGAGACUCGACCUUGAUACCUAUUUUAUACGGCUUUUUCAUUUUAUUUAACGUCAAGUUUCCAUCACAUGGUUUUCACCCCCAAAGUCCCAUCAAAAUAAAAAAAAAAUUCACUACGAAACUAAAAAUACCCAAUUUACAUAUAUUCACCUUUUUUGUUGUAUCCUCUACUUGCACAAACCAUUUGAUGUGUGUAGGCUGUGUAAGUUCUUUUUUUAUCUGAAAAGUUAUCUAAAAAUUAUUUAAAAAAAGAAUGACUACUAACCCUGUUAAAACAAGACAUGACAUUUUUAAGAACUCCAAUGAUGUUGUGAAGUUGAAGCCUCUUUAUGUGAUGUUUAUCUCCAACUGUGCGAUGCUCGCAAAAUUUCAAUUGCAUUCAUUCAGCUUAUACAAUGGUGUGUUAGGGUUACACUGAAAAGAAAGUAAUUUUUAUCAUAAGAAUUUUAAUAUUCUUUAACGUAACACAUUCAUGUGAUAUUUGAUUAUUUCUUUUAACAUUAUGGCUUUUACCAUAUUGUAUUUGUAACACUACGGCUUUUUAAACAGAAAUUUACCUAAAUCAAAUCAUUCUCCAUUUUAUCUUUUUUAUUUCAACUUCAGAUGCAACAAACUACUUUAUAAUCACAAAAUAAUAAUCCAUAGUCUUUUUGAUUCAUGAUGCAUAGUCUUCAGCGGGCCACUUAUGAUUGAUUUCAUGACACAAUGCUUCGGGUCAGUUCAAAUUUAGGAAUUUGGUCCAUAUAUAAGGCGCACCAAACUAUAAGGCGCACUGUCGGCUUUUGAGAACAUUUUUGGUUUUUAGGUGCGCUUUAUAGUCCGGGAAAUACGGUAAUUACAAUUAACUAGCUGAGAAUUCAUUGAUCUCGCUUAGUUUGCCUCAUGAAAUAAUAAAAUAUUUCAAUUAUGUUAUAGAAAUGUCAUUUUAAUAUUGAUAUCGCUUCAUUCAAUAACCAUGUCUCAUAUUGCUUUUUUUUAAUAUUGUGCAGCAGCAAUAUCAGUAUUGUUGCAAUGUGUUAUCUUUUAGAUUGAAAUUUAAUUUUAAUUGUCAAUCUACAAGAUGAAGAUUUAUUAAUAGUGACGCGCAUCUUUUUCCACGGUCCUCCGACUGUGUCUCUCCAAGGCGAGAAGAUUCUUAUAAAGAGAAAUGCCGGUCUAUUUGCGAAUCAGAACACAAUGACCAUUCAUACACUGUAUUUAAAAAAAAUAAAUAAAUAAGGGAAGCACGGUGAAAAUAACAAUCACAAUUUGGUUUGGCUCGAGAAAAUUAUUGACAAUGACAGAAGGCUUCCUCGGCUGCUGUCGAAUGACGGACCAAAAAAAUCUAAUAAAAGGCCCACCUCUGAUACAGUAUAUAAAUAAAGUACAUAUGUGUACGUAUGUAUAUACAGCAUACAUAGUAAUUACAUAUAUGUAUUUAUACCAAUAUAUGUAUAUACUGUAUAUGUGUACAUAUGUGUAUAUAAAUUUUGAUUUUUCAGUGUGUCCCUAAUGCUACGUAGCAACUAAAUGUUAAAGUAGGUGCAAAUCAAUGAGCUUGUCGUAAGCACUGAUGCUUUGUGUGUCUAAUCACCAUAAUUGCGCAAAAAAAAGUUAAAAGGUAUCGACAGCGUUCCCUUUGUCAGCCUCGGGUGAUGUGUCCUAUACGUAUUCGUAAGGACGAUCAAAUAUUUCAAUUGUAUUUGGGGGCCCCUCUUGUAUAUAUUGAUGUCCCCUGUUUGUGGCGUUGAUUGUGUGACCCUUACCCCCCCCCCCUGUCUGCUCCCCCCACUUCCCCAGCCUCACCAUCCAGCUCAUAAGCUCACCGAUUUGCCUUACCCGCUCUCAUCAUGUCGCCUCCAAUAGUUGUUAAAGAAAAAACAGAGAGCAAGACGCUCAUGUUCAUGCUAAGGUACUUCGGCUCUCAAGGGGGUUAAAAAAAUGACAUGUAUGUUAACCUUUAUAAAUAACAAUGUUGGUGGAAAUCUUUUUUUUUUUUCCUUUUUCAACCCCUCCUCCCGCAGUGUCAUACGAUAAACGCGCGUGUUUUAACAUGGUGACCUCCACAGCAUUGCAAGUGUCGUGUCUGCUUUGCUAUAUUUAUGAGUACAUUCAAGAAUAGCUUUGGAGUGCUGUGGAUUAGUAGUAUUGUCAUUGUCAGUUCAAAAGCUUCUCGGAGCCCCCCGCACCCCCCCCCCCCCCGAUGAAUUCUUAAUGACGACUGUAUAUUUUCUAUGAUGUUCCCACUCCAAAAGAAUGACAUAUGUCGGGUGUGGGAAGUGUGCCGUUUGUGUUGUCAGUUGAACAAAUCGCAUUCCUCGCUUGUGGAUCGAUGCAUUUCUUUACUUUGACAGUUUCUUUCCUCUUUUCUCUCUUUUUUUUAGCCUAUAAAGUUUGAAUAAAGUUUCUAGUUUGCAGAAUGUAUUACCAAAUAAAUGGGUUGUGAUCUUGUA